AAGGGGCCUUUCAUGUGAGCCGUUUGUCUCAGAGUCGGGCGGCUCGCUCCUCGAGCGUUUCGCUGCAGCCGGCUGUAGCGCGUGGCGCCCUGGAGGUGCAUGGUCAAAGGAGUCGGGUGAUCUGUAUUUUGUUUCGAGGGUGUCCGGGAGCUCCCUUUUAAUGAUGUCAGAGGUGAGGUCUGAACGCGGUGCCCUGUGGUCUGAUGCCGAGACCCUGGCGCUGAUCGCCGUCUGGAGUGAGGAGAAUGUGCAGACGGCGCUGGACGAGCAGCUCCGGAACAGCCACGUUUUCAAGUUCAUCUCCUCGCAGCUGCUGGACCAGGGUUAUAUCCGCACUCCAGAGCAGUGCCGCAUCCGCAUCAAGGGGCUGAAGAGGAAAUACACGCUGGCCAAGGACAGCAUCAAGAGAGGCUGUAGCGCCAGCGGCAGGAAGAUCUGUCGCUUCUACGAGCAGCUCGAUGUUGUGCUCGGUUCCCGGAUCGCCAAUGAGCGGCCCGUCUUUAUGGACGCGAUCGCGACAGCGGGAGAGUCGCAGGAUAUCAAAGAGGAGCAGAACAGUCCUCAUUCCGACAUCAGUCAAAGGGUUGAAUGCCGGAAUGGCCAUUGUUCUUCCGAGGAGCCUGAGCACCCGUUAGGAGAGACCAGCAACCGUCCAUUUGAACCCCAACCCUCCACCAGUGCUUUCUGUACACCCCGUGUGCGACGUGCACACUCAUCUGUGCAACUUGCGCCUCAGCCAAAGAAAGCAAAGAAGCACUCAUUGGAAGACAUAAUGGAUGGUAUGAUGGAAAAGUUCAUCCGCUACAGUGAAGCUGCUGAUGAAAAAUUUCUACGUUACAUGGAGGCAUCAGAAGAACGAUUUGCUCGUCUUGAGCAACUCCGAAUGGAAAUGGAGGAAAGGAUGAGACAAAGUGAUCGAGAACAUGAAGCUCGUGUUCUAUUUAUGUUGGGACAGAUGAUGGGUCACAACAUGGCUGACUUUCCAGCCACAUCGUCAACUGCUGAGGGUGAAAUAACUGAAAGGAAAGUAUUUUAGAUCAGUGUUCAACUUAUUCACUUAAAAAUGAAGUACCUUUUG